AUGCCCAGCUCUCAUGCCUCUUCUCUCUACAGCUCCCCCAUCCACCACUCCCCCGUUCCACCAAAGCUUGAUCUGGCCGACGCUCAUUCACAGCUCUACCAGACGCCCUCUACCACUUCUGCUUCGUCUUCCCUCUUCCAGACUAUUUCUACGAGUUCUCGCAAACGAUCCCGCACCGGAAGUUCCGAUAAACGCCGUUCUUUCUAUGACUUCUCCGCCGCUGCCGCCCACGAUGGUGACGAUCAUCUCUAUCGCUCGUCCUGGUUAGGUCGGGAUGAGAACGUCGCUGGAAUGGAAUAUGAUCACUCGGAUAUUCGUGGAGAGCUACCUCUAGCUCCUCCUAUCGAUGCCAGCGUCGAUCUUUUGUCCAGUCACACCGGAAACGGCCGCAAGCGCAGUCGUCAGGAACAGCAGGAAGGAGCUCAGGACAAGAAGGAUAUCACUCUAUCACCUCCUCCGGCUAGCUGGGGUCAAUCUGUGAUGAAUGUUGUGGGCAAAGUGUGGAGCUUUUGCUGGUCGGGCGCGUUUCGUGGUUUCUAUGCUGGAGGUGGUCAUGGUUAUCACAUGUCUGCGGAUUCAGCACCCCAGCUUGAUUACAGUCACAGAGCUCCUUCUCCCUCGCAGUCGACGUCGACCGAGAAGACUGCUGUUGACGAAACGAUGGAGGGGACCUCUGCCUACUACUUCAAAGGCGAAUCGACUCCCAUCCCCGGCCAGUAUCCUGAUGACCACGAGAUCCACAAAAACUGGGUUGUGGUUCAGACUGACGGUCCCGCCGACUGUUUCUCCUUUGGGGUCGAGGCACCAAAUCCCGCGAAACGAGUGCACUGUGUGCGCGAUACUGAAGACCUGUCUCCUACGCGUCACAAGUCGACUGGGGUGCCACGCGUGGGUAAGAGGACUUCUCUUGGCGGACCGAUCACCCCCACGCGAAUCCCCGUUCCAUCCUUCAACAGCAGAUCCUCCAACAGCAAAAAGCAUCGUGAUAGUCCCGUGUCAGCUGAGACGCAACGCUUCGUGGCGCAGAUGCGGCGUAUGGAGCGAGAGGAAGACGCAAGCUUGCGACGGCUGAAUCAACAGCUGGAGAUGAUGAUCCAAGAGGGCAAGCAGGCAUUGGGAGCCCGAGUUGAGAUCGAUGAUCUAAGCAUGGACUAUUGA